AUCACAGAGGAAGGCUGUGCUUCUCUGGCCUCAGCUCUGAGCUCCAACCCCUCCCAUCUGAGAGAGCUGGACCUGAGCUACAAUCAUCCAGGAGACUCAGGAGAGAAGCUUUUGUCUGCUGGACUGGAGGAUCCACACUGGAGUCUGGACACUCUCAGCCUGCAGCCUGCUGGAGAACGAUGGUUGACACCAGGUCUGAGGAAGUAUUUCUAUGAACUCAAACUGGAUCCAAACACAAUGCACAGAAACCUCAAACUGUCUGAUAACAACAGGAAGGUGACACAUGUGAAGGAGGAUCAGUCAUAUCCUGAUCAUCCAGACAGAUUUGAUUACUGUCAGCUGCUGAGUAGAAAUGUUCUGACUGGUCGAUGUUACUGGGAGGUCGAGUGGAGAGGAAACGUUUAUAUAUCAGUGAGUUACAGAAGAAUCAGCAGGAAAGGAAACAGUUAUGACUGUAUGUUUGGAUAUAACGAUCAGUCCUGGAGUCUGAGCUGCUAUGAUGGUGGUUACUGUGUCCAUCACAAUAAGAGACAAACAUCCAUCUCCUCCUCCUCCUCCUCCUCCUCCUCCUCCUCCUCCUCCUCCUCCUCCUCCUCCUCCUCCUUUAACAGAGUAGCAGUGUAUGUGGACUGUCCUGCUGGCACUCUGUCCUUCUACAGAGUCUCCUCUGACACACUGAUCCACCUCCACACCUUCAACACCACAUUCACUGAGCCUCUGUAUGCUGGGUUUGGGUUCUACCGGUCUGUUUCUGGUUCCUCAGUGUCUCUGUGUGGUCUGUAGGAAGGAGAGUCUCCUCCUGUCAGAGAAACGUUCUCAUGUUAUUUAGCACCAACCUGAUCUCUCACUGGUUGUAAAUAGAGUUUCUAAAGCCAACAUGGUUUCCACAUGACUGACAGUUAGUUAGUCAGUCACAUAUAUCCACAUUUAAAAAGCUGUAAAACAGAAGCUGAUUUUCUCAGAGCAGAUAUCUCAGUCUGUUAGAGGACUGUUUGGAGGUUCGGAGGUCGUGGCUUUGAUCCUUAUGAGUCUCAGUCAAUGUUCAAGUCCAACACCCAAAGUGAAACUCAGAAGCUCUCAGAGAGAAAACCACCAGCGGCUCAAAGUUUACUGAAUGUAUAAACUUUGUUUUGUUUAAAUUCAGCGAUAACUUAUUAUUGCCAAACCAGUUUUUCAGUAUAUUUAAUUCCUUUUCAGCUGAAGUCAGAAGCUGUUCUAGGUUUUUACCAGAGCAGUAGAGAAUGGUGUCAUCAGCAAAUAAAACACAUUUAAACAGUUUGGAAAACAUUGCAAAUAUCAUUGAUAUAUAAUAUGAAUCAUUUAGGGCCUUUCUUCUUCAGCAGCUUUCAGAAACGUUUUAUUUCAACUCUUUAAAGUUUAUUUCAUGUCGUCUGUUUGAAUCUGGAUUGAAAAUAAUUCUCCAAAGAAAAUCAUCAGAUCUGAUUUCAUGUUUUUUUAUUUUGAAGCAAAGAAGAAGUUUUUCUAGCAACUGCUGUUAGUUUGUUUUCUUUGUUCU